GGAGAGGUGGUGGUGGUGGCGGUGGAGGCGGUGGAUCGGAUCGGAGCGGUGCAGAUCGAACCGGACGGCGAUGGCGGAGGAGAAGUACAACCGGAAGAACCCGGCGGUGAAGCGGAUUUUGCAGGAGGUUAAGGAGAUGCAAUCCAAACCCUCCGAUGAUUUCAUGAGCCUCCCCCUCGAGGAGAACAUAUUUGACUGGCAAUUUGCAAUCAGAGGUCCUAGUGACACAGAAUUCGAAGGUGGAAUUUACCACGGGCGGAUUCAGUUGCCGGCAGAGUACCCGUUCAAACCCCCUUCAUUCAUGUUGCUGACGCCAAAUGGUCGCUUCGAAACCCAAACCAAGAUUUGCUUGAGCAUAUCAAAUCAUCAUCCCGAGCACUGGCAGCCAUCAUGGAGCGUGCGGACUGCUUUAGUUGCACUUAUUGCAUUCAUGCCUACCAAUCCAAAUGGUGCGUUAGGUUCACUGGAAUAUAAGAAGGAAGAAAGGCGUGCCCUGGCUAUCAAAUCUCGUGCAGCAGCCCCAAGAUAUGGCACUGAUGAACGCCAGAAGUUAAUGGACGAGAUUCAUGAAUAUAUGCUGAGCAAGGCACCCCCUGUUCCUCAACUGAGCCCCUCCCAGGCUUCGGAAGAGCAUCCUUCAAACAAGGAAAGCAAUGUUCAGGAGAGUUCCGCAAGCGCUGGAUCCACACCCGCUGAGGAAACUGCUGGGGAAGGGCCUGCAAAUCCAACAACAGGAGACAGGAUUGUCGAAGAAGUUCAGGAAGCCCCUCUGAAUGCUAACCCUGCCCCUGUAGCAGCGAGGGCGGUGAAUGAAGCUCCUUCCACUGGAUCAAGUCAGCUGCUACAAAGGCCAGAAGUUAAAGUACACAAACCAGCUGACGAUCGCUUGUUCACAUGGGCUGCUGUUGGACUUACCAUCGCAAUCAUGGUUCUUCUAUUUAAGAAGUUUAUGAAAUCCAGCGGACACGGUGCUGUUUUCAUGGACGGAUCAUAGAUUUAGUAACGAUUGGUGCUGCCUUUGUAACAGAAUAUGCGUAUAUCUUACAUGGUAGUUAAAAGACAUCUGUUUAAAGUUUUACAUAUAUUUGAAGGGUUUGUGAUCCAUUAUGAUCAUCUAAAAUGUACACAGUUGUAAUUAAACGUAAAAUGUUUUGCAUUCGUGAGCUUUGUCAUCCCAGAAACAUUUUCCAUGUCAACAAAUCGUUAUGUGCGUACAUCAAUGUGUCGGUUUGAUUCUCAA